CUGCGCGGCCCGCGGCGCGUGCGCGGGGCGGGGCGGGGACGCGGGGGCGGGGCGCGGAGGGAGCGCCCGGCCCGGCCCGGCGCGGCGCGGCCCCGAGGGCGGCGAUGGCGGCCGCGGGUGGCGGCCCCGGGGCGCCCGCGGAGACGCCCCCCGCCACCACCGCCGCUGUUGCCGCCGCCGCCGAGGCCGGCGCGGUGCUGCAGCGGGAGCCGCUCUACAACUGGCAGGCCACCAAGGGCUCGCUGCGGGAGCGCUUCGCCUUCCUCUUCUCCAACGAGCUGCUCAGCGACGUGCACUUCGUGGUGGGCAAGGGCAGCGCCCGCGGCGGCGGCGGCGGGGCGGCGCCCCCCGGGCCCGGCCAGCAGCGCAUCCCCGCCCACCGGUUCGUGCUGGCGGCCGGGAGCGCCGUGUUCGACGCGAUGUUCAACGGCGGCAUGGCCACCACCUCGGCCGAGAUCGAGCUGCCCGACGUGGAGCCCGCCGCCUUCCUGGCGCUGCUCAGGUUUCUUUAUUCGGAUGAAGUUCAAAUUGGUCCAGAAACAGUCAUGACUACUUUAUACACUGCUAAAAAGUAUGCGGUCCCAGCGCUGGAAGCACACUGUGUGGAUUUUCUAACAAAGCAUCUCCGAGCAGACAAUGCCUUUAUGCUGCUUACUCAAGCUCGUUUGUUUGAUGAACCUCAGCUUGCUAGUCUGUGUCUUGACACAAUAGACAAAAGUACUAUGGAUGCCAUAAGUGCAGAAGGCUUUACUGACAUCGAUAUAGACACGUUAUGUGCAGUUCUGGAAAGGGAUACCCUUAGUAUUCGAGAAAGUCGGCUCUUUGGAGCUGUUGUUCGCUGGGCAGAAGCGGAAUGUCAAAGACAACAAUUGCCUCCAACAUUCGGGAACAAACAAAAAGUCCUUGGAAGAGCUCUUUCCUUGAUCCGUUUUCCAUUAAUGACUAUUGAAGAGUUUGCAGCAGGCCCUGCUCAAUCUGGAAUCUUGUCAGAUCGGGAAGUAGUAAAUCUCUUUCUUCAUUUUACUGUAAAUCCUAAACCUAAAGUAGAUUAUAUUGACCGACCAAGAUGUUGCCUUAGAGGAAAAGAAUGCAGCAUUAACAGGUUCCAGCAAGUGGAGAGUCGCUGGGGCUACAGUGGAACAAGUGAUCGGAUUAGGUUCACAGUUAACAGAAGAAUUUCCAUAGUGGGAUUUGGAUUAUAUGGAUCUAUUCAUGGACCCACAGACUAUCAAGUUAAUAUACAGAUAAUUGAUUAUGAGAAGAAUCAGACACUAGGACAGAACGAUACUGGGUUUAGCUGUGAUGGAACAGCCAGUACCUUCAGAGUUAUGUUCAAAGAGCCCAUCGAGAUUCUGCCCACGGUUUGCUACACAGCUUGUGCAACGUUAAAAGGUCCUGAUUCCCACUAUGGAACAAAAGGUUUGAAGAAAGUGAUCCAUGAAUCUCCUACUGCUAGCAAAACAUGCUUUGUCUUUUAUAGUUCACCAGGGCAAAGGAGCCGCCAAGGGCUCCGCGGGCGCGGACGGCGCGGCGGGACCGGUGGUGGCGGCGGGCGGCGGCUCCGUGAGGGUGGCGGUGCGCGCCAAGCCCGGCGCCCGCUGCAGCGCCGUCACAGGGUGGUAAAUCACGUGACAAAGUGGUGAAGAUUUCGGUAUCAAUGACACCAGAUGAGAUUUUAGAAAAACUGAAAAAAGAAGCUUCCAGUUGACCUAAAACAAGAGGAGGAAAUGGGACAAUGCAUCUUGGUAAAUGGACUGAUACUCUUUCUUACGUAAUGUAGUGCUGUUGAGAGUGUGGGUAAUGACUACAGAAAAAUACUUCUUCCUCCCUUCCUCCUUUGUACAUAUAGCUCCUGUAUAGUUGAAGUUUUUUGUGUAGGUUUGAUUAGAAAAACUUGUCUUUCCUGAGGCUCAGUAUCCACUUCUGUCACUACAAACUUUCUUCUGCUCUGGAGAGUUUCCUGUUGGUAAGAUUUGUCCUCUUUCCUGGUCUCUAAACAAGUGGUUUAGAAAACUUGUUUCUUAGUGAAACAAACUUUGGUUAACAAAGCGAAAGGCUUGGAGUGACAGGCUUCCAUGUGAAAAGUGGUACAAAAGGAUGAGUCUGGAUGGUAAAGACCUUAGAAGAAUGUCCUGUUUGGUAUCUCGUGGCGGGUACUGUGUGCAGCUUUGCACUGUGGGCACUUAUGGGCAUCUAAAAUAAAUAUAUUUGAAGCCAAUGCACUGCUGUUGAUCACACAGGCAAGCUAAAAGCAGAAUCACCUGAACAACUGAAACAAACCUAGAAGUUUUCAGUAUGAAAAACCAAUGCAGAACCCAGUAAUGGCACACCUGGUGUCACUUUGCAAUAGUCUGUAAUUAGUUAUCUUAAAAGUAGAGAUACGAUCAUAUAUAUAUGUAUAUUUGCCAGUUGUAUGUCAAGUAUAAUGACUUUUUAAUAAAAGGAGGGAAAAUAUUAUUAAA